AUGACCUUACGGGUCGUGCCCAGCAUCUUGGGCAAGAGGAGGUUUCAAGAACUUUACGGCACUCCUCGACGGCUACCUAUUCUCGCCGCCGCUCAACGUUUCUCUCUCAACUCAGGCAUCAGGCACUAUGCUACUGUCGAGGAAGAACGAGGCCGUGAUAGUGCUCCGCCUCCAGGAUUCGACGCCUCCAAAGCGAAGCAGAGCCCCAGUGCGUCCCCAGGUCAGCAGUCGACCACCAGCAACCCCGGCUCCUCCGAGCAGACUCCUUCCUCUCGAGGCUCUUCCAAACCUCCCUCUUCGAGUUCGACCGCCUCAGAUUGGGAAGAAAAUCCCGACCUUAGCAUUUCAAAGUUCUCCGAGCUACCUGGUAAGGAUUUUGGUGUCAAUCAGCACAUCAUCAUCAAUGAGGAGUUCAAGGAGGCACUGAGACAAAUCCUGUGGAAGUUUCGGGCACCCAUUCGCUACGCCUUUGCCUAUGGCUCGGGUGUCUUUCCUCAGAGCGCAGGAAAAAGCGGAGGCUCCAAGAACUUGCAUCCAAACCCCCCCGCAGCUGUGGCCAAAGUGCAGGAUGGGAACCAGAAGAUGAUUGAUUUUAUCUUCGGAGUCUCCUAUUCCCAGCACUGGCAUUCAUUAAAUCUGCAAGAACACCGAGAUCACUAUAGCUGGGUGGGUUCUUUGGGAUCCUACGCCGUCUCCAAACUUCAAGAUUCCUUCGGUGCAGGGGUGUAUUUUAACCCUUACAUCACCAUCAAUGGAACUCUCAUCAAAUAUGGAGUGGUCAAUUUGGAUACUCUCUGCAGAGAUCUGUCGGAAUGGGACACUCUAUAUCUCGCCGGCCGCCUACAGAAGCCUGUGAAAAUCUUACGGGACAAUCCGGCAGUCCGACUGGCAAAUCAAGUCAACCUGAUCGCCGCAGUCCGCGCGGCAUUGCUUCUCCUUCCACCUGAGUUCACCGAGAAAGAAUUGUAUUCGACCAUCGCGGGGAUUUCGUAUAUGGGCGAUCCACGAAUGAGCGUCGGUGGGGAUGAUCCUCGAAAAGUUGAGAACAUUGUCAACAACCAGUUACCCAAUUUCCGCCGCCUUUACACACCAUUGAUUGACAACCUUCCCAACAUCUCCUUCAAUGAUCCGGCCUGCUCAAACAAAGAUUGGCUCGAUGACCCGUCCGUCAACUCCAAACUGGCCCAAAACAUGGACCCUGUAACCCGGGGUCACAUGGUCCGCCGGCUUCCCAACGCCUUCCGAAAGAAACUCUACUUUGAAUAUCAAUCCAAAUUCAAAAUCCCACGAGGCGAGUUCAAUGAUAUGCUCGAGAAGACCAAAGAUGAAGACCCAGAUCGCAUUCGCCGGCGGGAAGGCGGGCCGUUCGAGCAACGAAUCGCCCAGGACACCGAAGGUGGAGGCCUGAGGGAAGAAGUAAAACAGGUUAUCGAGCACACGAUUCGAUGGCCCAGUCUUGUGCAAAGCGUCAAAGGUGCAGUGACCGCCGGGUGGUCAAAGAGUAUUCGGUACGCGAGGGAAAAGAGGGAGAAAGGUAAGAAGGGCGCACAGGCCGUCGGGGAAGAGGAAAAAGAAAAGAAAACUGGUUAG